AAGUAUAGAUCUUAACGUACCAAACACAUAAGCCUCCACUCUUUAUCAGAACUUGAAAGGGACAUAUUGCUUAAACUUUUUGAUCCCUUCUCUUCCAAUUGAAACAAAAAUACAAUUCAUCACUAACCCCAAACAAACACAUAGCUGCAGAAGCUAAUGAUCUUUCUUCACUUUAUCUCAAUUUCUUGCUCUCUUUACAGUCUCUUUAACUGCAAUGAAGCACAGAAAACUCUUCCCGUCUCUUAGUACAACAAACCAAACUGUAGACUGCCCGGAUUUCUGUGAUCCGGCCUGUCCUUAUAACUGCUAUCCUUAUGCAGAUUACUAUUUCUUGCCUCCGCCACCACCACCUCCACCUCCUCUCUUACCUCAAGAGCAUCACUUAUCACCUUAUGUGAUCAUUCUAGUUUCUGUGCUGGCCAGUUUCUUCCUUGUUGUUAGCUAUUAUGUUAUCAUAGCUAAAUCCUGUCCUGGUUGGUGCAGUUCAAGGAAUAAUAGGGCGCCACAAAGUGAAGCAGAUAAUACAGACGAAGAGUUUCUUGAUGAGAAUCAGGUCGAUCAUCCGAUUUGGUUCAUCACUACUGCAGGUCUGCAACAGUCGAUUAUUAAUUCGAUUACAGUUUGUAAGUACAAGAAAGGCGAAGGGUUGAUUGAAGGAACUGAAUGUUCAGUCUGCUUGAGUGAGUUUCAACAAGAUGAGGCUCUAAGACUAUUGCCCAAGUGUAACCAUGCCUUUCACAUUUCUUGUAUCGAUACUUGGUUACGGUCUCACACCAAUUGCCCUCUGUGUCGUGCACAUAUAGUCCACGACCCUGUACCCACUCCCCUGAUUUCGAUUAAUCAGAAUCCUGAUAACUUGAAUACAUUAAUCAGUACCCAGAUGGACAAUUCUGAGAUAGAUGGUGAAUUGAGUAAUACUCAAGAAAGAAAUGAAAACAGGGCUGCCGCAGAUGAAGGAGGUGAAACAGUACAUGUGGGGAGCGAGAGAACUUUGAAGGAGGAUGUAAACUCUGCUAAUAGUGACAAUUUUGAGAUAUUUUGCGAUUCUGGUAAUGAUCAUCAGGUUGCAAAGAGUGAUAUACAGCCCAUGAGAAGAUCUGUUUCAAUGGAUUCUUUGACAGCAGUAACUACGAAUUCCAGUCUGAAAGAUACCACUAGUCCAAUUGAUUUGGAGGAGAAUUCAGUUAAGCAGAUUGACAAUCCUGAGCAGCAGUAUUCGGAAGUUGCUUGGAAGCAAGAUGGUGGAAGUGUCCGUUCGUUUAAACAAAUGGGCAGCUCUUCCAUUUCACAACAUCUGCAUAAAAGUCCUGUUCCUAUGAAAAGAUCAUUUUCAUGCAGUGGGAGAAUUUUUUCGUCAAGACAAAACAGAAACCUGGUUUCGAUUCUACCCCUGUAAAUACUAAAACUGCUCCUUUUGGAAUAUAGAUUCUCAUAUGAGAUCAAAUCGGAGAUUUCUCAUGCCCUCUUAAUAAGCCAGGGUUUAACUGACGAGCUGUAGAUUGUAGAAGCAUGGCGCAAAAAAACAAGCAUAAAGAGAGGUAAGUUGGAAGUGAUUUGCUUCAGAUGAAUGAAUAAUGUCUAUGUCACAAAAUUGUGAUUUCUCUGAUGCAUUAAAAGGAAAGUAUAUCCUUUUUCUACCACGAUCAAACCAGUAAUAUGACAUCUGUUAAUUUGAUGCGUGCAAAAAUCAUUUCAGAUUGAUUUGGUCUAUAAAGAAUGUUUUUCUUUA